AUGCGCCAAACAUACAUAAUAUUCAUAUGCCUUCGAGCAGUCCAUUGUUUUUGGGACAUACAAGACAUAACAGUGGACAAAAUUAAGCGGCUGCCUCAAGAUUUCUCCUUAGCUGUGAAGGACAUCGCUGAAGGAAUCCCCACCAGAACCAUGACGGUUGUUAGGGGAAAUUCUACUAAUAUCAAAUCUCAGGACAUAUUCGAACUGCUAUGUCUAUUGAACCAACAUAAUGUCCCAUUAGUGAACAUGGACUUUACCACAAAGGAUAACAAAGACAAGUAUUACCAGUAUCUGAAAACGGCCCUAGACACAUCAGAGGAAAGAACAAGUCUAAUUCUAUGUGAGCCGGAAGAAUGUGAAAACAUCUUAGAAGAGUUGACGGAAAACAAUCUGAUCCAUCGCAUGAUCCUCUACAUCUUCUAUUGGCCGUACGGCGCUGUCAGCAAGACAUUCCUGACCACAAUCAAUGAAGCGAUGAGAGUUGCUGUCAUCACCAAUCCGAAGACUAGCGUUUUCCGAAUCUACUACAAUCAGGCGUCUCCAAACCGUCUCCACCAUUUGAGUUUAGUGAACUGGUGGUCAGGGCGACUGUACAAGUCGCCAGUGGUGCCUCCCGCUGACAAGGUCUAUCACGACUUCCAAGGAAGGAUGUUCGACGUUCCCGUAUUGCAUGCCCCGCCAUGGCACUUUGUUAAAUAUAACAAUGACUCUACGGUCAACGUAACGGGCGGACGCGAUGACAAACUACUGGCAUUACUUGCUAAGAAACUGAAUUUCAGAUAUAGGUAUUACGAUCCGCCGGAACGAAGUCAGGGCUCAAGCAUUUCUGGCAACGGAACUUUCAAGGGAACACUCGGGUUAAUUUGGAAACGUAAAGCGGAUUUCUUUCUCGGUGACGUAACAAUGACUUGGGAGCGCCUUCAAGCUGUAGAGUUCUCUUUUCUAACCCUGGCUGACUCUGGUGCUUUUCUCACUCACGCUCCGGCUAGACUAAGCGAGACUCUUGCUAUAAUUAGGCCUUUUCGAUGGGAGGUCUGGCCGCUAGUCUGCGCUACGCUUGUAGUGUCCGGCCCAGCGUUGUGGUUUGUGAUCGCAGCACAUUCAUUAUGGCAACGUCGUCCGCAAAACCAGCUGAAGCUGCUCAGUAAUUGCUGUUGGUUUACUACAACGCUAUUUUUAAGGCAGUCAUCCAGCAAAGAGCCUUCGAACACACAUAAAGCCAGGCUAGUGUCAAUCCUAAUCUCCCUAGGAGCUACUUAUGUUAUCGGUGAUAUGUACUCAGCCAAUCUAACAAGUCUCCUAGCAAGACCAGCAAGGGAACGACCAAUCGGGACAUUGCAAGCCUUGGAAGAAGCCAUGAGAGACCAAGGAUACGAAUUAGUAGUGGAAAGACACAGUUCUUCAUUAACUAUUCUACAGAACGGAACAGGCGUAUAUGGACGGCUAGCUCGUCUAAUGCGCAGGCAACGAGUGCAGCGCGUACGCAGCGUCGAAGUCGGCGUGCAUCUGGUGUUGUCACGAAAACGCGUCGCCAUACUCGGUGGAAGAGAAACGCUGUAUUACGAUACUGAGAGAUUUGGGUCGCACAAUUUCCACCUCAGUGAAAAGCUGUACACGAGAUAUUCAGCCAUCGCUCUACAAAUCGGAUGUCCUUACUUGGAAACAUUCAACAACGUAGUAAUGACAUUAUUCGAAGCGGGCAUUCUUUCGAAGAUGACUACAGACGAGUAUAGAAACUUGCCGCAACAAUCUCGAAGAUCCGAACCGGUAACUGAGAGCGAAAAUCAGGAUAGCACCGAUGUCACUGGAGACCCUUCAACGUCAACGUCACAGGCGCAGCCGGAGCCCACGAAAGGCUUGGAGCCAGUGUCUUUGAGAAUGUUAAGAGGAGCAUUUUUACUGCUUGGAAUCGGACACUUUCUAGCAGCUUUAACACUUGGAAUAGAGAUUCAAGUGAACCGUCGUAAGAAGCGUCAGGUGGUCACAGUUGAACAUUCUGACACGAAAAAGGCACCGAAGAGAAGAUUCUUUGAGAAGACACAAAAGUGUAUCAAACAAGGGAUAGGGAGGUUCUUCAGAGCUAUUUGCACACAAAUUGAUAGAGCUUUAGGUCCUGGUGUGUGA